GGUCAUUCUCCGUUGCGCACCUGUUCUCUUCUUCUUCUCUUGGGACCUCGGAAGAAGAAAGAGACGCAGUUGGCAAGAUGCUUCCCAACGCGAUAUGGCUGAUGUGCUUGGCGGCGGCGACGACGGCGGGUGUGAGAGCACAGGAUUCAUCCAGCACAACCGACAGCAGCGACACCAGUACCAUGACCACCGAGACCUUCUCUGCCCUGACCUUUACGAAUUCAUACUCUGUGUUGACUGGAAGUGAUGUCCCUACAUAUGUCUUUACGGGCUCCGGUUACACAUAUGCUACGGUCGGUGGACAAGUCACGCGGAGCACUACCAGUUCGAGCACGGCCACAGUAUCGGGCAGUAGCAAUGGCACAGCAAGCUCGACGAAUUCUCAAAUUACCGCGUCGACUCAUCAUGUCAGUCUGACACAGAUUGGUGGUGGCAUCGCAGCCACUGCCACCAGCAAUAGCACCACAACGAACAGCACCGCCAGUUCCACCAGCUCUGCAGCAGCACCCACCAACACGGUCCCUUGCAAUGGAUUCCCCGAGUUCUGCACGCGGCAAUACAGCAACAUCACCAUGGUGGCCUCCCACAACAGCGCAUUCGUCGUACCCAACAACGCCGCAUCAAACCAAGAAUUACCCAUCAUCGACCAACUCAACGACGGAAUCCGCAUGCUGCAAGGAGAAGUACAAUGGGAAAACGGCACAACAUACAACUGCCACACAUCCUGCAGCCAACUCAACGCCGGUCCCUGGCAAGACGGCCUCGAAAUCGUACGCUCCUGGCUGCAAGAAAACCCCUACGAAGUCCUCACCAUCCUAAUCGGCAACAGCGACUUCACCGUCGUCGAAAAUUUCGUCCCAGCAAUCACCAACGCCGGCCUGUUACCCUACGUCUACGAACCCACAUAUAUCCCUCAACACCGCGACCAAUGGCCCACGUUGGGCGAAAUGAUUCUCACGAAUAAACGUCUCGUCUUCUUCAUGGAUUACAACGCCAAUCAAACUUCCGUGCCAUAUAUUCUCGAUGAAUUUACGCAUAUUUGGGAAUCUCCGUUUAGUCCUACCGAUCAGGCGUUUCCUUGUACGCAACAACGUCCACCGGAUUUGGACCCGGAUGUCGCGAGAGAUCAGUUCAUGAAUUUGGCAAAUCACAAUUUAAAUACUGCGGUCGAUUUAUCCAGUGUGGGCAUUUCCACGAGCGAACCGAUUCUGAUUCCUAAUACUGCGGAACUCAAUCUUACAAAUGGUGAACAAGUCGGAUUGUUUGGAACGCUGGGGACUAUGAAUCAGAAUUGUACUGAUAUGUGGAAUCGCGCCCCCAAUUUCCUUCUCGUAGACUACUAUAAUCGAGGUUCACCUUCCGCCGGCUCAGUUUUCCAAGUCGCCGCUCGAGCGAAUAAUGUCACAUAUACGCAAGAUUGUUGUGGAAACGUCGAGUCUUCUGCUUCGUCGACGAGAUUUUCGACGGCGCUGGCUGCUGUUGCUAUUGUUGUUAUUGUGAAUGCUGUGGGGGGUUGGUGAUAAGCUGAUGAUGAUGGGGGAUGGGGGAUGGGAUGGGUCAAAGUGUAUGUAUAUGUAUAGGUAAUAAUUGGAUGGAUGUUGAUGUGUGAUGAUUAUGAUGACAUGUUUUUGGGGGGGAUGGUGUAGCAUAGCAUGGUAUAGCGUAGCAUAGCAUAGCAUAGCAUGGAAUGGCACGGAAUGGCAC